CAUGUCACUUGCACCAGUCUAAAAAUGUACAAUUCGUAGUCCUUAUAUAACUUUUUUUGUUAGUUUGUUAGCAUUUGUGGUUCAAUACAUAACACUUUCUUACUUUUAACUCUGCCUUGCAAACGCCAUAUAUAAAUGACAUAAUUCACAAAACAAACUGAUACAAACCAAAAGAGUCCUCUGGGCCUCUCUGAAGGGCCCAGUCUGAACACAGUCUGUAAAGGAAAGUGAAAGAAGUCUUGUGAAUGUUGGGCAGCUCAAGCGAUUUCUGGCCUGUUGUUUUGAAGGUUCAGGCUUACGGGAGAAGAGGGGGGGUGAGGGUUAAAAUCCGAGUUAAAGAUGGCGGAAAUCGAGGGAGAUGAGACUACUCGGCCCGCUUCUCCGUCGCUGCUACUCCCAGCGUCCCGCGUUAACGGAUCCGAGAUGGUCGGGUCCAGUUCUGGCAGCCAGACGCCGACCAUGGUGACUUCGGGUCCGCGGAUGGUUCAGAUUGUAAAGUCAGAAUCUGGUUACGGAUUCAACGUCCGCGGUCAAGUGAGUGAAGGCGGCCAGCUGCGGAGUAUUAACGGGGAGCUUUACGCUCCUCUCCAGCAUGUCAGCGCCGUGUUACCUGGGGGUGCGGCGGACCGGGCCGGUAUCGUGAAAGGAGACAGAAUAUUAGAAGUUAAUGGUGUGAGCGUGGAGGGGGCGACACACAAGCAGGUGGUGGAUCUGAUUAGGGCGGGAGAGAGGGAGCUGAUGUUGACCGUACUCUCCGUGCCGGCACAGGAAGCUGACGGGCUUGAUGCCGGUGAAGAAGGCUCUGCAUCGUCUAAUUACGACUACGGCGACAAGCAGGCAGUCCCCAUUUCAAUCCCUACAUACAAACAUGUGGAACAGCACUCUGAGAAAUUUGUGGUCUUUAACGUGUACAUGUCAGGCAGACAGCUGUGCUCAAAACGUUACCGGGAGUUUGCAAUACUUAAUCAAAACCUGAAGAGAGAGUUUUCUAACUUUACUUUCCCAAAGCUACCGGGGAAAUGGCCCUUCUCUCUGUCUGAACAGCAGCUGGACACGCGCAGGAGGGGACUGGAGGAGUAUCUGGAGAGAGUGUGCUCAGUGCGUGUCAUCGGUGAGAGUGACAUUAUGCAAGAAUUUUUGUCUGAAUCAAAUGAAAACCACAACGGUGUAACGGAUGUCGAGUUACGGAUAGUGCUACCUGAUAAAACCACAGUCUCCGUGAGGGUCCGGAAAAACAGCACCACUGACCAGGUUUACCAGGCUCUGGUCAUGAAAAUUGGAAUGGACAGCAUCGUGGCCAGUUACUUUGCACUCUUUGAGGUUAUUAACCACUCCUUUGUGCGUAAAUUGGCUCCUAAUGAGUUCCCACACAAGCUGUAUGUUCAGAACUACACAUCAGCAGUGCCUGGGACAUGUCUAACAGUACGCAAGUGGCUCUUCAGCACAGAGGAAGAGGAGCUGCUGCGGGACAACCCCCUGGCCCUGCACUACUGCUUUCAUCAGGCACAGGAUGAUGUGAAGAAGGGAUUCAUUAAAGCAGAAGAUAAGGCGUACCAGCUGCAGAAGUUAGCAGAACAGAGGAAGAUGGCAAUGUAUCUGAGUCUUCUGCGCUCAUGUGAGGGGUAUAACGAGGUGAUGUUCCCUCACUGUGCAUGUGACUCACGGAGGAAAGGUCAUGUGAUCACAGCCGUCAGCAUGAAGCAUUUCAAACUGCACGCCUGCACGGAGGAUGGCACUUUGGAGAAUCAGGUGAUUGUCUUUGAAUGGUCAGAGAUGCAGAGAUGGGACACAGAUGAGGAGGGUAUGGCCUUCUGCUUUGAGUACGUGCGAGGGGAGAAGAAACCUCGCUGGGUCAAAAUAUUCACUCCUUAUUUUAACUACAUGCAUGAGUGCUUUGAGAGGAUAUUCUGUGAGCUCAAAUGGAGGAAAGAGGUUGAAGAAGAGGCCUCGGACAAAGACAAUAAGAACUGUAGUAAUAAUGAUUACCUCUCCCCACUGGAGCAACAGAAGGGAUGGCGCCACCUAGGGGGUGAGAUUGCCACUUCUUAAAACUCCUCUCUAAAUCCCCCGUGAAACUGCAUAAAUGGCGCGGGAUUAUCAAACCAUAGAAGACCACCAUAACGACCAUGUUACCACGGCAACACCCCAGCAACGCCAUACCAUCCACGUUUCCACUGAGACAAAAUUGUGCCUUUUCAGACGCAGAGCGUUCCAUAUGGCAGCCACGUCACCAUGGCAACACAAAAGGCCAUUAUGAUCAUGACGAGAUAGACGCAUAAUAAGUUACCAGGCCGUUUCAGCCAGAUUAAAAGCACCAAUGGGAUCUGCUGUCAUUUUAUCAACUUGAACACAAGUGCAUGUAAAAAACGCAUAGGACAAGACCUAGAGAUCUUCCAUGCCAUUGGUUCAGGAGACAGGCUCUUCUUACUUUCAACUGGUUGGAAUUUCAUGAGCAUGAGUCUCUUAACAGGGCAGCACAGUAAAAAAACAAUACUUUGUGAUUUGGAAUGGCAGCCACUAUCACAAUGGUUAAAGAAAUAUUAAUAUACUGUAUAUGAGAAGAGGAAAGCCAUGCCUUAAAACAUAGAAAGUAAAUUAGUGGAAUAGCAAGGUUACCAGACGAAUGAUUAGUAUGGGAGUUCUUUUAGGGGAAAGAUGGCAUUUUCCCAGUAUUGCUGACUAAAAUAAACUUGUAUAGGGAACACUUUUAAAUUUAUUUUUAAAUAAAACGAAAUUAGGAGUAAACAAGUAUGUGGGGGCAGUGACAUGGGAGCUUUGUGUUUGUGUGUAUGAUUGUGCAUUUAAGGAUCAAGUAAAAAAAAAAAAAAAAAAAAAA